AUGGAGGGAAAGGAGGAUAAGCAGCAACAGCAUAAAAUAGAAGAUGCUGGUAUAGUGUAUAUAUCUGAAAAACAAGAAGAAAUCAAAUAUGAAAAAAAACCUGGAAAAAGUAUACAACAUUCAAAACCGUGUGUCGGAAGAGGACGUGUAUAUUAUGCUAAAUUCAUUAACACAAAUGCAAGAACAUGCAAUGAACCAGUUCCCUACAUAGAUCCCAAAAAAGGCCCAGAAGAGCAGGGUGACUGGUGGUCACAUGGUAAAGGACUGGAACAUCCCUUCCAACCACCUUAUGACACCAAGAGCACCCAGAGAAGUGAUUUUCAAAAACCAACAUGUCCAUUGGUUUUGCCAGUCAAACACAGCAAGUUGCAAAAGCCUUCUUGUGGAAUAGUUCCGCUUGCCUCUCCUGAUGCAUCAGCAGAACUUCAAAAGAAUUUUAUAGAACGCAUCUCUUUUAUGCAUCAAUAUGAUGCCAGGAAAACUCCCAAUGAGCCCAUCCGGGGAAAGCGACAUGGAGUUUUUGUGCAGACAGAGAUAAAACCAGGAAGUAGGCCAAUAGUUCCUAAGGGAACAGAGGUAUUACUGAAUGCUCCAGGGUCAUGCUGGUCAGAACAGUCCGAAAAAACAGAGAAAGGAAACUCAGCGGAAAGCAAAAUGAUCUCACCCAGUCUCUGCCGACAAAAUUCCCUAGAGCUGUUAGAGACUAAAACUCACUUAUCAGAAACAGACGUCAGAGAGGCAGCCAAGGCUUGCCCCAGAAGUCCUGAGACAAGGGAGAAGACUGCAGACGUCUUUCAAACAGCUGCAGUAAAUGCUCUGCUCACCAGGCACGAUCCUUUAAAUCCACCAAUAAAAAGUCAGGAUAAAUCAGGAUAAAUGACCUUCUUCAGAUAAAAACAGAAUCCUUGGAAUGUAGAGAAAUUUCAGAAUCACCCUACAGGCCCUCGCGUUUGCUUUUUCUGUUAUCAGUAACCUCAAAACAUACAAUUUACACAAAUGGAAAAAUGAAAAAAAGACAAUUAA